AUGCCAGCAGCAACUUAUCGGGGUCCUUUCCACUUUGUUAACAAGAACGGCUCCAAUUUGACCCGUCGGGACUCAGAAGAAGCCUUUCGAAUCAGUUCUCAUGUCACCAACAAAUACUAUCAGUGGGCUAAGCGGACCAGGACCAAUCAGCAGGUUCGCAGCGCCCAACGUCAGCCUCGCACUCAUCAUGUCCGGAAAAGACUUUGCGCUUCAGAGGGAAACCCGUCAGAGUCGUCCAGCCCCCUUUCGGUCUUUAGCAUUGAAAGCCACGAGGAGCCUUCAACCGACGAGAGCCAGAGUAAAACGAUGUGUUGGCAGCUGGGAUCAGGUACUAGCACUAUUGCCCGCAGGUCUGCCAGUCCGCUCGGGUCGCCAGAGCCUCCCUCCCAACUCUUUGCAGUGGGAGAGAUCGAUGAACAAUAUGUCAGGCCCGAACUCUGGCCGGAUUAUUUGCCCAGGACAUCGACGCCGACCUUACCGCAGCAAUUUGACUUCAGUGCCCCUGACUGGGCUGCUUGUCCUCAUUUUCAAAAAGAGGCCUUGCAGUUCUAUCGCUCGUACUUUCUUUCCUACAGCUAUGCCGGGGUGCGACAGUCCAGCCUUCGCCAGUUGAUCGACACCGCCUGGCACAAGCGAGCAACCGACCUCGUCACGGACAAGAAAUCUCUACAUGGCUGGUUCGCGAGCGUUCUGACUAUGAAAGCCGUCUAUCUGCAACCGGAGGCAUUCUCAAUUCUCUAUCCUAUGGCCCUCAGGCAUCAGAAUACGAGUCUGAGGUUGCUCAGAAAGCACAUCCGUGAAGAGCAAGGCCCGUCGGAGAGUCUCCUCCUAUGCAUAUGGUGUAUUUCCACGACCGCGUUCUUCUACGGAGAUACCCAACCGAACCUCGCACAUGCGCCAGCCCUGUGGGACGCCGUGGACAGGCUUGGGGGGGUAGAUGCACUCGAUCUAGACAUACGGGCGCUGGUCGUUUUGAUGGACAAUGGCCAUUCCAGGUUCACACUGACUCGACCACAUUUACACUACUCACGAUUCGAUCCUGGGGCCUUUGAAGACCAGCCCGAGCUGGCACAGUACGGCUAUCUGCUGUCAGGCAUGCAAUCUCUAUACCGGAAAUGGGACGAAGCAUAUCUCCUCCCUGAUGACGCCCUGUCCGAAGAUCUGCACAGUUAUAUCAUGGCGCAUCGAGAGUUCAUGGCAGCCCACGCUCUGGCGAGCAGACUGUCUUUUCAGAAGAAACAGGACGCUGCCGACGCCGUUUUCUACUGGCUCCACCGUCGACGCGCCACGCUGAGUUCUUGGACCAUGUCUCUCUACUGCGAUAUCGUCGAGACAAUUUCUCCGCAAACACGGCUGUCUCGGUGCAUCCGACGACAACUCCAGGCAUGCGUCUGUCUAGCCGUGUCCUACGCCAUGUCGUUCGUCUAUGGAUUCACUCUGCCCCUCAAGCUAUGGCUUCUUUACAUCCCGAUCCAAAACCUGCGUCCUCAACUUGAGAUCCUGCUCCGAGAUAUGGGGAAGCGAGGCACCGUGCCUUCCAUAGCCUCGUCCACUCCGAUCACGUCCAAUGCCUCGGCUCUUCCACCCCUCGCCAUAAGCCACCACGAAACCCUCCUCUUCCUUUUCUUUGUCGGCGCGUGUGCUGAAGAAGUCUCUGACGAAGCCGGCAAGAGACCAGAACUACUUGUCGAUAGGCGCUGGCAUUCGACGCGAUUCUGUGAGAUGACGAAGAUCCUGGGCCUGAGGACGUGGAAAGAGACCAGAAGGGUGCUGCAACGGUUCCUGUAUGGUGAUGGAGUGGUGCUGGAUCGUUUUGUCGAAGGCUUAUUUGAACUCAGGAAUAGCUUGGCUGAUACGGUUGUUGUGCUCGGAGCGGAGUAG